UUGCGUCCCCAACGCCACCAGACUGAAAAGACCUUAACAAACCCUGCAUCGGAAUCUGCCGGCAACCAACCGACUCAUUGUCUGCACCGCCACAAUUGCUCUUGAUCACACCGCCAGGGCUAACAGUAGCACGACAUAAAAGCAUUGCUCUAAUCCCCGCUGGCUUAUUCAGUCAGCACGUGUGGAGGAGGCAAGAUGAUCGAUCUUCCCUAAUGCGUCUCUCGGUUCACUCGAUACUCAGCUGCACUCUGGAUACGUCGGGGUCGGAGAAAUCUGUGGAUUCUUAAGAAAGAUUUCAUAAAAUUUUCAUUUCUUCUUUCCUGUGCAAAUUCAGUCGUCUUCGUCAGUUCCAGUAAAGGUACUCGAUUGGUUUUAUAUACAGUUUGAUGAUUAUUCAAUAGACUUCUCCAGGACCUGUUUGAGUUGUGGUUUCAUCAAUAUUAGAGGCUUGAUUGCAGGAAUUCUUGGUCCUUGUCUGAUAUCUGGUAAAAUUUUCAUUUCUGUCUCCCCUGUGCCGAGUGCUAGGCCAGUCUCUACAGUGAAACAAACCGGACUUACUAUAUCACUCACAGGACCUGUCAUACCUACUUGAGUCCAAUGCACUGGUAGUGGCAGUAUCAAUCGAAUCAAUCAUUUCAUGACUUGAACCAGGAUUCUUAAGUUUAGGUGUCAAAUUCUAGAUAAACUUUGCGUUUCUCUUUAUCCUGUGCCAAUUGGACCUAUGUCGUUUCUGUGAUACUCAAUCGGUCUUCCAGGAUCAUUCAGUGGACGAGUACCUGUUUGAAUUGUAACGUAUCGAUCAAUAGGGCACCUGAUCUCGUAAUCUCGCCAGGAUGGCUCUCCGCUUUGACGCUUGUCGCAAUUAAGGACUAUCAUUUCGUCGACGCUGAUGAGUUCAUCGAAGGAUUGCAUUGCGUUGAUUGCGGACUAGUGUGAUCGACUCCUUGAUUAGACUUGCUGAAGUGCGAGCCUUUUAACUGUGAUCAGUUCGUCGUUGACUUUUGUAGUGCGGACUUGACCCAUGAUGAUGAGUAAAGUAGGUGAGGAUAUGGAGAAACCAAAUCAGCAAAACGGUGCCAUGCAGAUCUCACAAGAGCCUACCACCGCCGGGGUGAAGCAGGAGUGCUCGGGUUGCAAGAAGAAAAUCACCGACCGGUAUCUCCUGAAGGCGUUGGAGCAGUUCUGGCACGAAGACUGCCUAAAAUGUUCGUGCUGCGAUUGUCGCCUGGGGGAGGUCGGGUCAACGUUAUUUACAAAGGCUAAUCUAUUGUUAUGUAGAAGAGAUUAUUUAAGGUUAUUUGGGACGACGGGUUAUUGUUCAGCUUGUUCCAAGAUGAUUCCUGCCUUUGAGAUGGUGAUGAGGGCCAAAGGAAACGUGUAUCAUUUAGAGUGUUUUGCAUGUCAGCAGUGCAAUCACAGAUUUUGUGUAGGGGACAAAUUCUACCUUUGCGACAACAAAAUAUUAUGUGAAUACGACUAUGAGGAACGUAUGGUAUUUGCGAGUAUGACGUAUAACUACAACACACUAACGCAGAUCAAGCGCCAAGCACAGAACUUAAGUGACGACGUAUCGAGCGGGUACGGCAGUCCAAGCCCAAACUCGUUAUAGGAGCAUCUGGAAAGGUCACCAAAAGGUCUAGGACAUUGUGGCGUACUGCGCCAUGUGACCUCAGGUACUUUUAUCAGGUUAUUUUAUUCUAAGUCAGUGAGCGGUCCGUGAAUUUAAACGUCGUCAGGUGGGCCGUAAGCAGUGGCCGUAAGCGAUGGCAGACCCGGGAAAGAUGAAGGAAGCAGGAAAUACGACGUUUCAUUUUGAUCUCGGAUGUCUGAAUGAGAAGAAGAAGAAGAGGAAGGAGACACUGAAACUACGAUAAACUCCGUCAUUUGUAAUGUUGUCAGACCUGUUGACCAGGGUGGCUUGGUGAAGGUUUUGAACAUUUGGCAAUAGGGAGUUUUGACUCAAAUUGAGAUUCUGGGAGGAAAGUAUCUUUGAUAGACUAGUCAAUUGAUAUCUAGCCGCUGAUGACAUCUUUGUUAUUAGGGAGUAUUGAAAGGCUUUACGAUCGACAGUGUGCAAUUUGAAAAAAAAUAGGUACAGUGGAACCUCCCUUAGCGGACACCUCUCUAUUAAAGACAACCUCUCUACUAGGGACUAUAGUUUGGCCCAAAUUGGUUGUUACCUUUCAAUUUGUCAUCCCUAAUCAGGACACCUGUCGACUAAGGACAGCACUUGUCAGUCCCGAGGGUGUCCAUAAUAGAGAGGUUCUACUGUAGUCCCACGAUGCACAGCAGUACAACUGGAGGGUUUCUUAAAUCUCAGGGGAUGCCACGCAGUGCGAAAAUGUCCUACCCUGACGCUUUAAGUCAAAAUCUUUGGCUAAAAAACGGUCACAGGCAUGUUUUGUUGGGUCCUUCCUAGGUGCAACUAUUUUAUGUGGCAAAUUUUGAAUGACGUGAUGCUUUCACCUUUUCAUCAUUAGGACAUUUUUUACUUUGCCCAAGAAAUGUUGUCACGGACGACGGAUUCCUGAAUUUGGCCCACAGCCUACCUAUCAAGCAGACGUUUUCUCGGACCCUGACUUCUUAAUGGUGCCGUAAACUUGUUUAAUUGUGAUGUGAGAAUAUUAACUCUUUUCUUUGUGUGUAUAUUGAGAUUUGAGUUUUGGCCACGACGGUGGUUAGGGGGCUUGACCGGUCGUAGGCUGAUCUCCUAUGGAGCUGUUUCAAGACCCCUUGGGAAUCAGCAACCAACUCUCCUAGUUAAGGCCAUCAUUCUCUCCAAGUAAAUGUAAGGGAGGUUCCACAGUAUGUUUAGGUUUUCAGUUUUCAAACUGAUGUUGACUCUCCGUCUUCUGUAUUUCAACAAAAACGGCUGGUAUUGCUCAGCAAGGUAGUUGGCCUUGACUUGUUGAGGUGAGAGAUUCUCGAGCAGUUCGUUGUUGAUUCGUCUUGGCGAACUUGAGGGGCAUAGAAACGCCUGUUUAGUCCCUGACCUGUUUAUGGAAUAUGUAUAGUGUUGUACAGUUUGUCUUGUUCAUUCCAGGGGGCGCUGAUAUAAGCGCUUGAGAAUGGCAUGGUUAAGAUGUCGUUCGGAACUUAGGGGUUCAAAUGCAUUUAUUCUUAAAACAAUGAAAGAGAAGGGAGAUAUAUUGGGCAAAUAGCUUGAAAAGGUAAAUCUCCUGAUUUCCGAAUGGUAAAAAUUGGGAUGCUGAAGUGCUGAUAAUGGGUCUCUUCAAAAAUAGGGGAGCAAAUUAUUUAUCUACAGUCAUUUAUUGCAUAAAAACAUGAAUAGACAAUUCAACGAGUAGUUUAUUUCAUCUAACUGAAAUGCAUUUCACCUUAUAUUACUAAAAAAACUUAACUCUGUUGCCAUAUUUUGAUAUGAUGGGCAUGGUGCAAUUUGUCAAGUGCAAGUUAUAAAUGCAGAGUGUUUUAGGGAACCUUGGACAAAUGAUAUCGCCGACUUUAUCAUGCUGAGGGGAAAUAUUGGGUAUUUAUAUGCAUUUAUCCACAAUUUGUAACGUAAUUUCUUCAUUGAAGAAAGGGACCUGUAAGUUAUUUGCUAUUAUACAAAUGUUAUAGUUGAGUCAACAUGACAGCGUUACCCUAUUGAUUCUAAAGCACUACACAAACAAGCAAUUUAAAUUGCUGCUACCUGUGAUUAUAAUUGCUGCGACAAAAUAUCUCUUGUCUAAGGGAAAAACAAGUAAUCGCUGGGUUUGAUCACCGCAAACGAGAUAUUUUUGUCACAUGCAAUUUAAAAUUGCUUGUUUGCGGGCGCUUAAGGGUAAUCUUUUAUUUUGUGGAAUACUUGAAAAUGUGACUGGCUGUUUCCAAUCUGCUGGCAGGGAAGCCAAUUGGGUUGAUUUUCAUAACACAUGACGGAACAUUUUCCUCCUGAAUUCCGGGGUCUCCAUAGAGGGAAUGACUCUAAAUCUAAGGGUGCCAUCAUUUCCCUAAAAAACCAAUGAUAAUUUAUCAUUUUAAGUGUGUUAUUUCCUGAAUUUUAUGAAACUGGCCCUAUUGUUUUUAAAGGGUUGAACAAAAUGGUCUGAUGAACACAAAAGUUGUGAGGGAAGUGGACAGCUAUUGUAAAAUGAUCAGCCCAUCGGUUCUUAUCUUGAACCUGAUUGGUCAAAUUGCCAUCACAUGACUGUUUUUCAUGCCUUGGGAGCCAAUGGGUUGAUCCCUUUCAUCGAGAAUUUAUAAAGACUUAGUUUUUAUCAAUUCUUGCUUUAAUAGUGUUGAUCGUUAUGUAUCAGUGAAAUAGAUCUUGUUUAAAACUGAAAUAAAUUAUAAGGAAAUAUUUUGUACAAAGUCAAAAAAUGUAUCAUGGAUUUUGUAAAUAUAAUUAAUUGUAAAAAAUGUCUUAAAGGGACUCUCGCUUGCCAUAACUGUCAGUGUUAUCUACACAAAAACAAGGGCACAAUAAACAAUAUCAAUUGCUCUAAACCAGGAAAUGUUUGUACGCCUUUAUUUUAUCAUUUGUCGCAAUUGUGCAUGAUUUCACAAAUAUUGUCAGAUCCUUUCUAAGGGGUCAGUAAUCGGGCCUAUGAUUUGUAUGGUCUGUGACCUCUUAGAAAGGCUUUCACAGUACAUGGCAUAAAAGAGAACAUUUAUUUGAACUGUUACGGGAAAUAUCAUGACCCGUCAUUUUUUUUGAGGUUUACGGAACAUACAAACUGAGGAGGCCAAAUUGGGUAUAUAGCUUCGGUCAGGUAAUAGGGUUCCUACUGCUCACACUCGUGAGGUAAAAGGUCCGAAAUAAAUGCAUUCUGCCAAGAAUUACUAUAGAUCAGUCUUUAUUAGACCCGCAUAUAUCUGAUGCUAAAACUAUGGAAGGCUAGAGUUCCUUUAAAUCUUUCACAGAAAUUUAUGUGAGUUUCUUCUUGUCAAUACUAUGUUUAUACAGGUUGUUUGUGCUUCAUUUCCUAGUCAAGGACGAGUCACUUCAUGGGGUCAUUUUGGUGAUUUUCGGCAAAAUUCAAGACAUGACGGGCGUAGCUUUCUUUACUGUAUGAUUUGAAAGGCUGUGGUCUUUUGCAUGCCAUUGCAAAAGAACUUGUGCAGUUUUCCUUGAUAUAUUUUUUCUCUAAGGGGGUCAGAUGGAGUAUCUUAAUUCCAGCCAUGGGGGUAAAAGUCCUGAUAUGACGCACUCGGUUUAAGCUAGUGGGGGUUGCUUUUCAGUUGCCUUUGGAGAAUUUCCAUGAAUUUCAAAGUCCUUAUACGACGUACUGUUUUCUAGUGGGGACUGGUUUUCAGUUGCCUGUGGAAAAUUUCAAGCUGGAAUGAUCUUUGAAAUUGACAGAGGACGAUUUUUAUCGUUAAACUUUGGCACUUGUGCGAAAUCUAAUCCCAAGGCAUCGCAAUCAAAUGCAAGAAAGAGAUUUUCUUUGAACAUCGCUUGCCUCCUCGACCUCCAUCCCCCGGAUGUCUGAAGACAAGGCAGCAUCCCUCCUCCAUUACUGUACACUAAGUGCUUAGAUAUGUUAGCGAUUGAUGCGAACGGAUCUAGCUACUUUGCUUGAGUGAAAUGCCGUGUAGCAUCAGGCGGACUCUAAUCCCCGACAAAUCCCUUCUCUCUAGUAUGAUGGACUUCCAUUUGUUGCUGUUAUCUUAACCGUUAAAGGGGAAGUGGUGAAGGAAAUUUUGUAUCCUUGUUGGCCAUCAGAAUAUUGCAGUUGAAUGAUGUGUAGAAUAAAGUGGACCUAAUCCCCCCCCCCCUCUCAAAAGUGUGAAAUUGGAUGAUAACCUUACCCAGAUGAUAUCAGUUUAUAGACCCAAACUUUAUAAACUCCAAUUUUCUCUGGAAUGACAGACUUCCAUUUGUUGCCUUUAAAGAAUGUUAAAGGGGAAGUGCCCUUGGAGCUUUUUGUAUUCUUGAUGGCCAUCAGAAUGUUGCUUUGACACACUUCCGAAACAGCAACCUAAACUAAUUGAACAAAACUCUCGAAUAAAAUCUAUUAAAUCAGGAGGAAUUGUUUCAGCGGUUACUGCCCGGCUGUUUCUUAGUGUGUAUGUUCACCUCAGUUUUAAGUUCUUAUUCUGAUUAUUCAAGAUUGACGAAAGUCUCAGAGACAUUUUCAGAUAGACCAGCUAUUUUAUGAUGUUAUUUGUAUAUUGGAAAUAGAAUAUGAAAUAAAAGGAAAUUCAUGUGUAUUGUACAUACGUUUUGUUUGUGAAAUAUAGAAUUUUCCUUUGAAA